CAGCUUCCAGCUGAAGUUCAACAUGGCUCGCAACGUGGCAGUGACCUCCCUCCUCGUGGCUCUGUGCCUCAUAGCAGCAGUUGCUGGACACCACACGUACGGCAUUGGGGGACACAGACCUGUUGUCCACGGCAGUGGGGUGCUCGGUGGUGUUCACGGAGGUGUCCACGGAGGUGUCCAUGGAGGUGUUCACAGCGGUGUCCUCGGGGGUGUCCACGGAGGCAGUGUUCAUGGCGCAGGUCUCGUAGGCUCUGGCAUCCAUGGCGCAGGUCUCGUAGGCUCUGGCAUCCAUGGCGCAGGUCUCGUAGGCUCUGGCAUCCACGGCGCUGGAUCCUUCAACACCGCUCAUUACCCUGGUCUUGUGCCUGGUUACAGCUUCUACGACCAGAGACCCGUGCUCGGAUACAACACCUGCAAGUACUGGUGCAAGAGUAAUUAUACCAACAAGUACUACUGCUGCCAGCGACCUUACCAAGGAUAGACUCAGAAUUUUCUAUGAAAUGUAUUUAUUUGUUGAAAGUCUGCCAAAGCAUCAGAAAUUAUUUACCCAAAAAUUAAACUUAUUUUCACGAA